AAACAAUUUGUCGAUAUCCGCUGCCAAUUACCUCGACAGGCCCCAAUCGCAAUCCUACUCAAUGUAACCCAAAGUGUCGAAUCAAUCGCGUUCCACGUCUAAGUCGCCAUAAGGAGACAAAUCCAAAUCAGGUGGGCAACAUAUUGGCGAGAACACUGUCGUUUUGUCUCGACAUCGAUAGCACUAACCUGUGUUGAUUUUGAGCUUCAGACGUUCAAGAAGAGUUCUUAAAAAAAUUUCCAAAUAAUGGCAACGUCGAAAAAGACGACGUCGUUGCUCUCCUCUACGCAGAAGUACGCCGCCGGAGCGUUAUUUGCGAUCGCUGUACACCAGGCCCAAAUCCAUCAAUCCCAACCGCUUGGCUUCUUUACGGAUGAUAACCCAACCGAGGAGGAGCAGCGAAUUAGUAGUAGCAGCAGUAACAGUAGCGAUUCUGUAUCCGAGGACCCUGACCUUUGGGUCCACAAGUAUUCGGGUUUGCUUCGUCCUGUUUUCAGGUUUUUAGAUGUUGAGUCUGCUGCUUGGCAUGGGCUUGAGGAGACUGCUGGCUCUUCUCCAGCUAAGCAUCACAUUGGACCUUUCUUGAGGUUGCUCUCUGAAGACGGCAAUGAUGCUAAUUCUCAUAGUUCAGAUCAGGAACUUGCUCUGUCCAAAGCUGUUGAUGUUAUGUCACAGACCAUGGAAACAAAUUAUGCAUCUUCCGAGCAGAAGAAGGAGAAGCAUCGAGAGUAUGAGCAUGAGUGUCGUGAAAAAUUAUCCACUAGUGAGGUGCAAUCAGACUCUGAAAUUCUUACGCAACCCUUACCAACAACACAAGAGAGAAGCCGUAAUGUGGUUGGCGUUAGUGAUGCAGAUGAUGGGUCUGAAAGUGGAGUUGAUGAGAAACCCAUUGAAGAGGAAAAAAUGCUUAGUUAUCCUAGGAAAAUAAUUGUUCUCUAUGAGCUUCUUUCAGCUUGUUUGGCUGAUAAACGUGAUGAUGAUAAAAAAUGUAUGCGGCGAAGAAAGGGUUAUGAUGCUCGACAUCGAGUAGCUCUGAGAUUGCUGGCAACUUGGCUUGAUAUCAAGUGGAUAAAAAUGGAAGCGAUUGAGACAAUGAUUGCUUGCUCUGCAAUGGCUAUAGCAAAAGAGGAAGAAUCAAAGGCAGAAGGAAGUCAAUCCUCUAGAAGCAAGUGGGCUAAAUGGAAGCGUGGAGGUAUCAUUGGCGCAGCUGCAAUAACUGGAGGAACCUUGAUGGCUAUUACUGGAGGAUUAGCUGCCCCAGCAAUUGCUGCAGGAUUUAGUGCUUUGGCUCCAACAUUGGGCACUCUUGUUCCCGUGAUUGGAGUGAGUGGAUUUGCUGCUGCUGCAAGUGCUGCUGGAACAGUUGCUGGUUCUGUUGCUGUUGCUGCAUCAUUUGGAGCUGCUGGAGCUGGACUUGCGGGGACCAAAAUGGCUAGGAGAACUGGAAGUGUUGAUGAAUUUGAAUUCAAAGCUAUAGGGGAAAACCAUAACCAAGGCCGGCUAGCAGUUGGGAUUAUGGUCUCGGGGUUUGUAUUUGACGAGGGAGAUUUUGUAAGGCCUUGGGAAGGACAAAAUGACAUUUUGGAGAGGUAUGUGUUGCAGUGGGAAUCUAAGAAUCUUAUUGCAGUCAGCACUGCCAUUCAAGAUUUGCUUACUUCAAGUAUUGCAUUGGGGUUAAUGAAGCAAGGUGCAAUGAUGACUGUGUUAAGCACUCUUGUGACCGCCUUGGCCUGGCCAGCAACUUUACUCGCAGCUACUGAUUUUAUAGAUAGCACUUGGACAAUUGCUAUUGACAGACAAAGCAGGAAAAUUGCUAGCUGAUGUGUUAUUGAAAGGACUGCAAGGGAACAGGCCCGUGACACUUGUGGGUUACUCACUUGGAGCUCGAGUGAUUUUCAAGUUCGAUGUUACUGGUAUUAUUGAAGGCCACUCUUCAUAUCUACGGGCUACACAACAGAUUUUGGAACAACUUGAAUUGGAUGCUUAUUAUCUUGUUUUCAG